GACGACGUGGAUCUGGAGGUGCUGGUGAGUGACAUGAACGCAUCGCUGGAGAGCCUGUACUCGGCCUGCAGCAUGCAGUCGGAUACGGUGCCGCUCCUGCAGAACGGCCAGCACUCGCGCAGCCAGCCGCCGGCCCAGGCUGCCCGGGCUCCGCCGCCGCAGGCAUCACCACGGCAGAAGGUGCAGCGCUCCCAGCCUGUGCACAUCCUGGCUGUCAGGCGCUCGCAGGAUGAAGACCAGCACUUCCGUACCUCAUCGCUGCCGGCCAUUCCCAACCCCUUUCCUGAGCUUGGGGGUUCUGGGAACAAUGCCACUGCCGCAGCUGCCGCUGCUGCCACCGCCUCGGCCUCGGCGAGCCUCCCGUCGGCCUCCUUGCCUGCGAGCCAGCCUGUUACCAAGCAGGAUGUCAAGGUCUUCAGCGAGGAUGGGACAAGCAGAGUGGUGGAGAUUCUGACUGACAUGACGGCUCGUGACCUGUGCCAGCUGCUGGUGUACAGGAGCCACUGUGUGGAUGACAACAGCUGGACCCUGGUGGAGCACCACCCACACCUGGGCCUAGAGCGGUGCUUGGAAGACCAUGAGGUGGUGGUCCAGGUGGAAAGCACCAUGGCGAGUGAGAGCAAGUUCUUGUUCCGGAAGAAUUAUGCCAAAUACGAGUUCUUUAAGAACCCCACUAACUUCUUCCCGGAUCAAAUGGUUACUUGGUGCCAGCAGCCGAACGGCAGCCAGUCGCAGCUUCUGCAGAACUUCCUGAACUCGAGCAGCUGCCCUGAGAUCCAAGGGUUCCUGCACGUGAAGGAGCUGGGCAGGAAGUCGUGGAAGAAGCUAUAUGUGUGCCUGCGCCGCUCUGGCCUGUACUGCUCCACCAAGGGGACAUCCAAGGAACCCAGGCACCUGCAGCUGCUGGCUGACCUGGAGGAGAGCAACGUUUUCACCCUGAUCUCGGGAAAGAAGCAGUACAGCGCCCCCACGGACCACGGACUCUGCAUCAAGCCAAACAAAGUGAAGACCGAGACCAAGGAGCUGCGCCUGCUGUGCGCUGAGGAUGAGCAGAGCCGCAUAUGCUGGAUGACCGCCUUCCGUCUGCUCAAGUAUGGAAUGCUCCUGUACCAGAACUACCGCAUCCCUCAGCAGAGGAAGGCCCUGCUGGCGCCCUUCGCCACCCCGGUGCGCAGUGUCUCUGAGAACUCUCUGGUGGCGAUGGAUUUCUCUGGGCCAUCAGGAAGAGUGAUUGACAAUCCGGCGGAGGCCCAGAGCGCUGCCCUGGAGGAGGGCCAUGCUUGGCGGAAGCGAAGCACUCGGAUGAACAUCCUGUCCAGCCAAAGUCCGAUGCAUCCUAACUCAUUCAGCACCAUGAUCCACCGCACCCAGCUGUGGUUCCAUGGCCGCAUCUCCCGUGAGGAGUCGCACCGCAUCAUCAAGCAGCAAGGGCUGGUGGAUGGACUUUUCCUGCUCCGUGACAGCCAGAGCAACCCGAAGGCCUUCGUCCUGACACUGUGCCAUCACCAGAAGAUCAAGAACUUCCAGAUCCUGCCUUGCGAGGAGGAAGGCCAAACCUUCCUCAGCCUGGAUGACGGCAACACCAAGUUCUCUGAUCUGAUCCAGCUGGUCGACUUCUACCAGCUCAACAAGGGGGUGCUGCCGUGCAAGCUGAAGCACCACUGCAUCCGCGUGGCCUUAUAAGUGCCCAGAGCAGGCCGUGCGCACGGGAACCCGGAAGAAACCCGUGUGCACGUCAUCAGAGCAAGAUGGUUCCUCCGGUCCCACCGCCGCACACCUGGCGGACCGCCGCCCUGCAGAUUGGCCAAGGCAGGGCAGGCCCAAUAAGCAGCUCAAGCUGUCGAACCAACUGGAAUCUUCGAUCACCAUAGCUGGGUGCCAACGGAACAAGAGCCGGAGAGAAAGAAUUGGAAAAGAACUCUUGCCCUGGAGUAAUCUUGACAAUUAAAACCAAUAUGUUUA